AAUGCGAAAUCAAGAUCAUGAUUAGCCAGCUGGCUGCGUAAUCAAGAAGUUGAUCAUCGGACUCCCGGGACGACGCCUCGUAAUCAAGUUGUUGAUUACGUUUUGGUUGCAAUCUACCGCCUCACGAUUUUCAACUUGAAUCAUUCAAAGAUUACACUUGUAGAGUGACUUCUUCUCUAUCGGUCUUAAAAUUUUCGUGCAUCUCCGUAGACCCUGAAUCGAGAUUCGGCCGUUUUCGUGACGGGCUGCAAACAUGACCAAAUAUGGGCAUAAAAUAAUCAUGAACUUGAUUAAUCAAGUUCUUGAUUACCUCCCCGUAGUUUGCCCAACUGUCAUGACAUGACGUCAGCUCGCGAAACGUGAGAGCAGCGUGCUGCUAUCACCGCUUUGUCACGUCCGUGUCAGAGCUUCAGUAGGUUCAAGGUUGCCUUUUUUAGAGGCGCCGUGAAGUCACUACUUAUUCAAGAGAGUCUAUCAGCCAUGGACGGAGGACUGGAGCUGGAUGAGACGGAUGCCGUCGGCGGCGUCAUGUUCGAUGACGCCUCUGGGGAUGAGGAGGUCGACCAGGCCCCGGCCGCCUCACAUGACCGCCUUCUGCAGAAUAUCAACCGACUCGACUCGAAACGCGCCGGCAGGUCGAUCGUACAGCGCUCGGAGGCUGCUCCCGAGAUAUCCGAGUUCCACAUGGCGGCCGCAGAGGACGCCGGUGUGAACGUGCACGACCUGCUGACCAGUCUGGGCGACCAGGCGCGUCACGCCGGCCUCCGGCGCGAGGUGAACCGCGCCAAACACCAGCGCAAGCUGCCGGCGCCGCUCGAGAAACCGCAGGCGCUCAAAGUCCAGCGUAAGGCCGGCUACGAGAAGACGACCAAGGAGGUGACCCGAUGGGAGAACGUGGUGAAACAGCGGCGCGGCGCCGAGCACCUCAGCUUCCCGCUGGAGAAGCCCGACAUCGGACUGGAAACGUCCGCGGAGCGCACAGCCGCCUUCGUGCCUCAGACACCUCUGGAGCAGGAAAUAGCGGCGCUGCUGGGCGGCAGCACGGCCGUGGUGCCCGCCGGACAGAUUCUCUCGGAGGCUGAGCGGCAGGCGCUGGCCGCCAUGUCGCUGGACGAGGCUCUGGAGAGGCGCAAACAGCUGGCCAAGCACCGCGCCCUGCUCACCUACCAGGAGGCCAAACACCGCCGACAGAACAAAAUCAAAAGCAGAAAGUACCGGCGUGUGCUGAAAAAGGAGCGACUGAAGCAGCACCUCAAGGAGUUCGAGCAGCUCAAAAUCUGCGACCCGGAAGCGGCGCUGGCCAAACUGCGUGAGAUGGAGAAACAGCGCGUGGAGGAGCGCAUGUCUCAGCGGCACAAGAACACCGGAAAAUGGGCACGGCUGCAGGCCAUCAAACGCAAAUACGACCCGGCGGCUCGAGAGGCGCUGGCGGAAAACCUCCGUAUCGGCCGCGAGAAGACUCAGAAGACGGCCCAGUCGGCAGAGGACGGUUCCUCGGACGAAGAGGAAGAAGAGGGUGAGGAGGGACCGGUGGCGUCGGCAGCCGUCGCCCCCACCGACCCCAGUAAUCCGUGGAUGGCGGCCGAUUCUGCGGCCGACUCCGUCGCUGACACGUACGGACGGUAUGAUAAGUUCUGGACGGAACAGGAGGCGGCCAAACGGCGCCUGCGGGAGGCAGAGCGGCGGGAGGAGGACGCUCAGGAGGACAGGGAGGAGAGUGAGGACGAGGACAGGCCGGCGCCGCGCGUCACUGCCGCUGAUAUUGCCGCCGAGCCGGACAGUGACGCCGACCCGGAGCCGCUCGAGAGCGAGGAGCCGCCGCGGCCGGCGGGGAAAAAGGGGAAGGCGCUGAAAAGGAAAGCGGAUGCCCAGACUGAGGGAAAGAAAAAGACGAAAAAGCUGAAGAAGGGUGCGAAGAAAGCCCAAGAUAUUGAUGGUAUUUUUGACACGUAUGAAAAGGUAAUAACCAAAAAGACCAAGAAAGCAGCGAAACUCUCGAAAGACGGCGACGAACCCUCCGCCAAGAAACAAAAGAAGCAGAAGAAGAAGGGAGCAGCUAAGAAGGCGAAGAAGUCCGGCUCAGAUGAAGACGAGCCUCCGUCCGGUGACGAGGCGGAAAAGAUGGACGUCUCUGCGGAGCGACGGGCCACCAUGGAGGAGCUUGAGGGUCUGGUGGGGGACAAGGCAGCUCCUCAGCCGUCAGCGGAGGAGCUGGUGGCGGAGACUGAGGCUGACCCCGCUCCCGGCCCCGGCUCCGGUCCCGGCGCGCCCGCCCGCUCGGCGCCGGAGCUGGACCCGGCCAAAUUUAUGGCGGUGGAGACGCGCCGUCUGCGCUCGCUGCGCCCCGGCGGCGAUGACGCAGGUGGCGAUGACGCCCUGGAUGACGCCGAUGACGCCCGGAUGACGAUGGCGGAGGCGUUCGCCGACGAUGACGUGGUGGCGGAGUUCAGGGAGGAGAAGGAGUCCACAAUAGACGCGGACAAGCCGAAGGACAUUGACCUGGCUCUGCCCGGCUGGGGCGACUGGGGCGGCAAAAACAUCCAAAUGUCGGCCAAGAAGCGCCGCCGACUCCUGUUCAAGGCGCCCAAGGGCCCCCAGCGCAAGGACCACCACCUCGGUCACGUGAUCCUCAGCGAGAAGCGCAAUGAAGCUCUGCGGGCGCACCAGCCCAGUGAGCUGCCGCACUACGUCAGCGGCUCAGUCGCCGCCUUUGAGGCGUCCAUACGGGCGCCGAUCGGUCGCACGUGGCUGCCGGCGCGCGCGCACGAGCAGCUGACCCAGCCGGCGGUCAGCAUCCGCGCCGGCACCGUCAUCAAGCCGAUGGAUGAGUCGGCGCUGUUGGCCGGCCGAAGGGCGCGCGGCUCGUCAGGAGGCGGGCGGAUGGGCGCCCGACGCCGGCCCAAAUAGGACGCCGGUCAGUCACGGGGGUGGACGGUAUCGUCCGGGGGGGUCACUGGGGCUGGAGUUGUAUUGCUGAAUUAUGAAUACAAUUGUUGAUGAAUUA